CUUAAGCAUGGAAUAGCUCAUAAUGUUGUGUACUCAAUGACAUCUACAUCUUCGUCUAUUUACCUUUCCCAGAAUUGCAUCGUAGCACCGUUCAGUAGCACGAACAGCACCAGCCACAACUUCUGUGACUUCAAUCAAGUCUCCUGACCGCACCAUUUCAUCCACUUUCAUCUACAUAUAUACCAGGUCAUCUCCACCUCCACUUUCGUGUGGCGAGUGUGUUUGUUUGUGGAAAAACUGCAUUCUAUGUCUUCAACUGGGUCGAAACUUGUGAACAUCCGACACGACCUCCUGAUACCUCACGGCUGCAUCAGUGUUUUAAGUGCUGCCUUCGUUUCAGUGGGACUGAAAGCCAUUUACAGUGUAGAAGAAUCAAAGCCGAAGACCUGAUACCAUGGCCAGCGCAGCUUCUCCUGGCGAACCUUCUCAGCCAUUAACACCUUCUCAAGGACAAACCAAUCUUGGACGUCAAAACUCUCGGUUAUCCAAUACGCUUACCCAUAUACGGUCCAUUGAGGCGUAUCCUCCCAGAGAUGAUGAAAUGAUAGAUCGUCCACCUGAUCAAACUGGUCCAUCGAAAAACUCUGAGAAACAGGCGGUGAAGGGUCUCAAUGCGAUUGACAUUGAGCAUCUACCAGUCGAUAAUGAUCCAAGGAAGUGGAGUGAUAGGAAAAAGUGGACAGUAUUGAUGAUCAUGACUUUUGCGAUGUUGGGCCCAAUGAUGGCUCCCAGUAUUUACAACCCGGUAAUCAGCGAUGUUCGCGAAGACCUGCACGCCACAGAAAGUGAACUCGGUUUAUCGAUCUCUCUUUACAUCCUAUUUCAAGGGUGCACUCCCGUCUUGUGGGCAGCUAUUGCGGAACUCAAUGGACGCAAGACUGUCUAUCUGGUGUCAUACACACUCUAUGUUAUCGCUCUCGUGGUUGCUUCUCGGGCCAAUUCAAUGCCCCUUCUGAUUGUAAUGCGUAUCUUACAGUCCACAGGCAGCGGACCAACAGUUUCUUUGGGAGCCGGCAGUCUGGCCGAUAUGUACGAGACGCAUGAGCGAGGGGCAAAGUUGGGCCUGUUCUACGGAGUGCCGAUGAUAGCUCCUGCCGUAGCACCACUCAUCGGUGGAGCUCUAGGCCAAUCGUUUGGCUGGCGAAGUGUUUUCUACUUCCUUGCUGUGUAUGCUUUCAUCAUGUUGUGCUGCUUCAUGGUGUUUCCGGACUCUUGGCGACGUCAGCGUUCGAGAGUUUACCAAAGAGCGCUUACCAAAGCAAUCGAAAGAGCAGAAAAUCGGGAUGCGAAAGAUUUAAAGCGGAAGGCCAAGCUCGCAAAACAGUCGCAAGUGUUAGACACCAUACCAGCCACGCCAGAUGCCACUCCCGGCAACUCUCCUGGUAAUAGCAGAAGGCCUAGUGCCGAGGCUGGAGGGGCCGCGGUGACGGAUACUACACUGGUUGAUGUGACCUUGAGUAAUGACCAGAAGCAAACGGUAGGCAGAUCGGGCAGGAUAAAGGUCAAAAUGAUGAAAUGGUUGCCGUUUGGGGCAAAGGAAGAAAAGAUACAGGCCGAGAACGAAGUGGAAUUCAAACCCACCUUCAGGGAUCUCAACCCUUUGCCAUCGAUGGCUCUUAUUCUCAAACAGCCCACCAAUUUACUCAUUCUUACCUCAUCGGCCUUGAGUUUCUCUGCUCAAUAUACCAUCGUCUACACAGCAUCAAUUACCCUUGGUAAAGCUCCUUACAGUUAUGGAUCGCUCAAGAUAGGUCUUGUGGUCUUGGCGUUUGGAAUAGGCAAUAUUCUAGCUAGUAUGAUUGGAGGGAAAUAUUCUGACAUGGUGUUGAAAAAACUGAAAAAGAAGAACGGAGGUGUGGGCAAUCCCGAGAUGAGGCUGAGAUCCACAGUGUUGGCGAUGCCAAUCCUCGUCGCUAGUUUCCUUGCCUAUGCUUGGACUGCGGAGGAGAAAGUGCACAUCGCAGCCUUGGUGGUUUGCCUGUUCUUUGCUGGUUUCUCUCUCUUGUGGAUCUAUAGCAGUACUCUGGCGUACGUGGUGGACGCCAAUCCUGGUGCUUCCAGCUCUGCAGUCUCUUGUAAUUCAAUGUUUAGGGGUAUCUGCGCUUGCGUUAUGUCACAAGUCGCUACUCCGAUACAGAAUGGUAUAGGAGACGGGGGGUUAUAUACCUUGUUUGCUGGGAUCUUGGCAUUCGCCUGUGCUUGCAACUUAUUGCUUAUGGUGAAAGGUGAGCAAUGGAGGUCUCCCGAACAUCGUUGGCCCUGGCAAAAGAAGCGAGAAGAAGGAAACGAUGAGAAGGAAUGAUCAAGAAUUAAUUGAAUAUUUGCAUAUAAUAGUAUAAUAACUUGUCGAGUUUGUCAGUUCAUACGCAUCAGAGG